AUGAAUACUAACGAAAUCAAUACCAACACUAAUUUUAUUAGAAGUGGAAUUAGAGCUAUAAAUCAAGCGUUGGUGGAGUUGACGAAUUCUACAAGUAUAAACAAUGCAUUGAGCCGAAUUUCCAACUACGCGCCAGCACAUCGAAGAUUGAGUAUGAUGAGAUUUAAUAACCAUAAUAACUAUCGACAUCAAAUUAACAGUAAUAGAAACAAUCACCGUCAUAGUCACAAUGGUGGACAUAACCAUGGAAUAGAUAUAGGGUUGGGUCUAGAUCUUGGAUUGGGAUGGGAACGUCUUCAUAACCAUUUGCAUUCGCAUUCGCAUUCGCAUUCGCACUUGCAUAAUCGUGGGAGUAGUACUGAUUUUGGGAGUAAUAUUCUCUUUGAACCCGAUUUUGAUGAUGAGGAGGAGGUGGAGUUUGACGCCGAAGAUUUUUUCAACGAUUAUAUUUUGGAAAACCAGUAUUUCGAUGCAAGAGCUAGAAGUGGCAGCACGGUUAUUAUCAAUGGGCUAACGAACCGAGAGAUGGGAUUGAUACGAAGUGAGGAAGAAAGAAUGAUGAAUUCUCGAUUCAAAGAACAGGAAAACUAUUCAAGGGUUUAUAAAGAGAAAUUGACCAAGCAAUUGGAAAAAAUGAAAGAAGAGAAUAACGGGUAUACGAGCAAGAUUGAUCCGCAAGUCAAAGUAUGCUGUCCAUUGUGUGGAGUUAUACUAGGAGAAGGGAUUCCACAUGAGUAUAAAGCGAUAAACAGGUAUGAUUUGAUCAAGAAGAUCAGGGAAAGCAAGAAUAAAGAGAAUCAAGAACAGAACAAGAAUGAUUUAGGCGAUGUGAAAAUAGAAGAGAAAAAUGUGACCAAAAAGGAAUUCAAGGAUGAAGAGAUGGACAAUAUCGAGGUUGUGGAAAACUACUUUGAGGAUGAAUUUGCAAGAGAGGUGGUGAAUGAAGAGGUGAUCGGGAAGGAGGACAACGUGGAAAAGUUGUUGUACCAUUACGUCGUGAACUACAACAACAGCGAGGUGGUUGGCGGAGAAGAAGGCAGCAAGAAGAAGAGCCGGAAAGGCGGUAAGGGCAGCAGGAGCGAGGGCACGAUCUUGAACAUGGUGUACAAAAAGCUCAGCAAGAUCUACGACUGCCAGGCACCGUACCAGUUGAGCUUGCGACUCAGCCAGUUCGACGUGGAGCUGAGCCAGAAGGUGUUCUUCUCGAAGUGUGGGCAUGUGUACUGUGGGAGAUGUGUGAACCGGAUUCUCAACCCCCUUGUGGUGGAGGACGUUGGCAGCAGAGGAAAGCGAGCAAAGCGACCCAAGCGACUCUCGAACUUGGACAACCCCGACAUUGCUGCACCCAAAAAGUGCGUGUCGCAGAGCUGCGGCAAGGUCUUCCGCAAGAACUUCACUCAGUUGUACAUGCAGUAG